GUGUAAAAUUAUGUGUAAAAUUGUGUAGUCUUAAAAUACGAAAAAAGAUAAUUUAUGGACCGGACGCCGAUUAUGGAGCAGUAAAUAAUCAUGAAUUAGAUGACCAGAUAUUAACUAUGUCCCGUGAAGAUUUCGAAGAGAAAAAAUUAGAAUUUUUAACAAAUUUGAAAUUAAAUAAGUUUGAAAUUGACGCAUUACAACACCGAACAGUUGAACAAGCGAGUUGCAAAGAAUGGGUAAAAGAAAGAUCCAAAAUGUUAACUGCGUCCAAUUUCGGGAAGAUUUGUAAAUUACGAAAAACAACUUCUCGAAAAAAUAGUCUAAUUUCAAUUUUAUACCAAUCGCAUUAUUUUCAUGGGACUACUGCUACAAGGUAUGGGAUACAAUUUGAGUCUAUUGCUAAAGAUGAAUUUGAGAAAAAAUUCGGAUAUGAAGUAGCUCCAGCAGGAUUGUUUGUUGACCCUCAUCUUCCAUUUUUAGCAGCAACGCCAGAUAGUCUUAUUGGGGAUGAUUCAAUUAUAGAAAUUAAAUGCCUAUGCUAUAAAAGAUUUAACUCAUCUUGAUGCAUACAAAGAGAAAAAGUUGAACUUUAUGUAUGUA